UGCGUCUGAACAAUUUAAAGCAAAAACAUGUAGUGCGAGUGCAAUUUUUUCCGUUUGCGGCAUUUGAAACACUUUACGUUCGCAUUGAUGGGAAAAGGCUUAUUAAACAUUAAUUUCGCUGUGAUCGAGGAAUGGUAGAGGGAGCAGGAAGCGGUGAGGAAAGAUCCCCACAAUGAAUCAUAAAAAUUAUUUCUAUUGGCCAGCCGAUAGAAGGGGCUGUAAACAUUCAAUUAAAAGCCAAAAGAAAUAUCAAUAAUAAUUACAGCAGCUGGAAAUGCAAGAGAGCAACGGGAAGAGUGAGAACAUUUAAAUGAAAAUAAUUCCACUUGUGAGGAAAAAUAAUAAUAGUUCGUGUGUACCUCUUGUGGAAAUGAGUGAAAUAAUUUCUUUGCUGAAAUAUGUAAACUGUGAUGUGUGCUUUUCUGUGUAGUUUCGCGAAUGAUUCUGCCGGGGCCACGACGAGUGCGGAGUCCAGCGUCUGAUCUGAUCCGGAGAGUUCUCUAAUUAAGUUUGCAAUUCCUGAAAAGUUGCUGUUCUGAACUCGAAAAGGGCUUAGUCGAGGCGGCCAACGAGAAAAACAUUAUAAACAGCUUAAAUGGAAACUUUUUGCCAGCAACCAGCAGCCAGAAGCCAUAAACCAAGACAAAAAGCCCCGGACACGCACAUGCACACCCGUCGACACAGUCGGACAUAACUAUAAAGGCAAAAUCAACUUGAAAGUUGCAUUUGGCCGGGGCUUAGUGCUGGAGUUUUUUGGCUUAGCCUUUGUGUAUUUAAAUAUAUGUAUUUAGCUCUGAAUGGCUAUGUGGUAAGUCCCCCCCUGCCUGCCUGGCAUUUGGCUGGAGCUGCAGUGCCGGAGCUGGAAGUUUGCCGACGACAGAACACAUUCAUGCUGCACCGUAUGGAAUAUUAAUUACAAUCAGCUUUUUGUUAAGUGAAUUAUAAACCAAAAAGUGUAUACAUUGAAAGACAGACAGAGUGAAAGACCUCUUACAAAUCCAACAUGGGUCGCAUUAAGAAGAAGAAGCUGCCGACAGGUGUAUCGUCUGGGAGCGCCACACGCAGUGGCAGUGGGAGGAGCCGCGCCACAACAAUGGUGGGUGGAUGCUGUAUCCCACUGGGAUUACCACAACCUUUGCUGCUCGAGGAGAAGAAGUUCCUGCUGGCUGUAGAGCGUGGCGAUAUGCCGAAUGUACGCAGAAUCCUGCAGAAGGCGCUGCGCCAUCAUCACAUCAACAUUAACUGCAUGGAUCCACUGGGCCGACGAGCCCUCACUCUGGCCAUAGACAACGAGAACCUCGAGAUGGUGGAGCUGCUCGUCGUGAUGGGAGUGGAGACAAAGGACGCUUUGCUGCAUGCCAUCAAUGCGGAGUUCGUAGAGGCCGUGGAGCUGCUGCUCGAGCACGAGGAGCUCAUCUACAAGGAGGGCGAGCUCUAUAGCUGGCAGAAGGUGGACAUCAACACGGCCAUGUUUGCGCCGGAUAUCACGCCCCUGAUGCUGGCCGCUCACAAGAACAACUUUGAGAUACUGCGCAUUCUGCUGGAUCGGGGAGCGGCUGUGCCAGUGCCCCACGACAUACGUUGCGGCUGCGAGGAGUGUAUGCGCCUCAUGGGCGAGGACUCGCUGCGGCACUCCCUGUCGCGGGUGAACAUCUAUCGGGCCCUGUGCAGUCCCUCGCUGAUCUGUCUCACCUCCAGCGAUCCCAUACUGACCGCCUUUCAGCUCUCCUGGGAUCUGCGGAACCUGGCGCUGACUGAGCAGGAGUGCAAGGCGGAUUACAUCGAGCUGCGGCGUCAGUGCCAGAAUUUCGCGGUGGACCUGCUUGACCAGACGCGCACCUCCAACGAGCUGGCCAUCAUCCUCAACUACGAUCCGCACAUGUCCAGCUACGAGCCAGGGGACCGCAUGAGUCUGACACGUCUCGUCCAGGCCAUAUCCUACAAACAGAAGAAGUUUGUGGCCCACUCGAACAUCCAGCAAUUGCUCUCCUCCAUUUGGUACGACGGGCUGCCAGGCUUCCGUCGCAAGAGCAUCGUGGACAAAGUCAUAUGCAUCGCACAGGUGGCUGUGCUCUUUCCCCUGUACUGCUUCAUCUACAUGUUUGCCCCCAACUGCCGGACGGGACGGCUGAUGCGGAAGCCAUUUAUGAAGUUUCUCAUCCAUGCCUCCUCCUAUUUGUUCUUUCUGUUCGUCCUCAUCCUCGUCUCACAGCGGGCGGAUGACGACUUUGUGCGCAUCUUUGGCACGACGCGUAUGAAGGCGAAUCUGGUGGAGCAGGAGCUGCGUCAGCGGGGCCAGGCACCCAGCAAGCUGGAGCUGGUCGUGGUCCUGUACGUGGCGGGUUUUAUGUGGGAGGAAGUGCAGGAGAUAUUCGCCGUGGGCAUGAAGAACUACCUGCGCAAUAUGUGGAAUUUUAUCGACUUUCUACGCAACACACUCUACGUGAGCGUCAUGUGUCUGAGGGCCUUUGCCUACAUCCAGCAGGCCACGGAAAUAGCCAAGGAUCCACAGAUGGCCUACAUACCGCGCGAGAAGUGGCAUGACUUCGAUCCCCAGCUCAUAGCCGAGGGCCUGUUUGCCGCCGCCAAUGUCUUCUCCGCCCUAAAGCUGGUGCACCUCUUCAGCAUCAAUCCCCACCUGGGCCCACUGCAGAUAUCGCUGGGCCGCAUGGUCAUCGACAUUGUCAAGUUCUUCUUCAUCUACAGCCUCGUGCUGUUCGCCUUCGCCUGUGGCCUCAAUCAGCUGCUCUGGUACUUUGCCGCGCUCGAGAAGAGCAAGUGCUAUGUCCUGCCGGGCGGAGAGGCGGACUGGGGCUCGCACGGCGACUCCUGCAUGAAGUGGCGUCGCUUUGGCAACCUGUUUGAGUCGUCGCAGUCGCUGUUCUGGGCCAGCUUCGGCAUGGUGGGCCUGGACGACUUCGAGCUGAGCGGCAUCAAGUCGUACACCCGCUUCUGGGGCCUCCUCAUGUUCGGCUCGUACAGCGUCAUCAAUGUGAUUGUGCUCCUGAAUCUGCUCAUUGCCAUGAUGUCCAAUUCGUAUGCCAUGAUUGAUGAGCACUCGGACACCGAGUGGAAGUUCGCACGCACCAAGCUGUGGAUGAGCUAUUUCGAGGACAGCGCCACCCUGCCGCCGCCCUUUAAUGUCCUGCCCUCGGUGAAGUGGCUCAUUAGGCUGUUUCGAAAGUCCAGCAAGGUCAUCGAUCGGCAGCGUUCCAAGCAGAAGCGACUGGAGCAGGAGGAGUUCAACAAGUACGACAACAUCAUGCGCUCGCUGGUGUGGCGCUAUGUGGCGGCCAUGCAUCGCAAGUUUGAGCAGAAUCCCGUCUCCGAGGAUGACAUCAACGAGGUGAAGAGCGAAAUCAACACGAUGCGAUACGAGAUGCUGGAGAUAUUCGAGAACAGCGGCAUGGACGUGUCCUCGGCGAACAAAAAGGAGCGGCAUUCCCGACCUCGACGCAUCAAGGUCUGGGAGCGACGCCUGAUGAAGGGCUUCCAGGUGGCUCCGGUUCAAACAAGCGGGGAAUCUGAUGCCUGCUGCAAUGUCAACGGCGAAGGCGAUAUGCGGGAGGUCAAGGUCGAAAACAUACCCUCCCGGCCGGCCAAGGAGACGGCCCGCGAGAGAUUCCAGCGGGUGGCGCGCACGGUGCUGCUGCAGUCCACCACCCACAAGUGGAACGUGGUGCUCCAGGGCACGCUGCCCAACUCCCAGAUCGGACGCUGCACCAAGAACGAGCGCAAGAACCUACAAAAUCAAGGCAAGGCUAUCGAAGAGGCCAAGAGGCUUAUCAUGCUCAAUCCCGGCUGUUCCUCGGGUCGCGAGUCGCCCAUCCGCAUCGAGUUCGAAGAUGAGAAGUCGAGCACCUUGCUGCAGCUGCUCAACCAGAUAAGCGAGGAGAUCAGCGACCGCGAGCGUCCCCGAAUCAAACCCAUGUGGCGACCACCGCUGAAGUCCGUGAGCGCUAGGGCAAUGGCAGCCAACAAUGGCAGGUCUCAUACGGCGCCCGAGUUGAAAAUUAGCAGGAAGUCCCUGCCGCCACCAACUGCAGCUAAAACAACAGCUACAGCGCCUACUCCAAGUUCCGUUUCUCAGCUGGCUAGCAGUCGAUCACGAGAGCUGCCUUUGUGCCCUAGCAAACUAGCGACGGCUGCUCCUGCUCUCAAGAAGUCAACACCAAUAGCUUCAGGCACAUCUUCACGAACUCCCUUCUCCGUGGAGCUGAAGGGUCGAGGACAUAUCUCAGAUGGUGUGUCGGCGGGUAAUGCAAACUCCUUCGACAUCCACGUGGUCGAUUUGGAUGAGAGUAGAAGGCGCGUAGGCGGGGAUAAUUGUUCCGAUAUAAGCUCCAUUGCCAGCACGAGUCCCCAGCGGCCAAAGAAAGGAAACUAAAUGUGGUUGUGGCACGGACACUGACACUGACACCGAAACUGGUGAUAAUUCGCUCCACAAAUGGAGCCAGCAGAGGCAGAUGUCUCACAAAUCUAUCCACAAAUACUUUACUUGCGAGUACAUUCGGCCAACAAUACAAUUAUUUGGGCAAAUUCAAUUGAAAUGCUGCUCAUUCAAUGUAAUUCAAUACGAAUGGAGCUAAUUUAUUCACACAGCAUUCACAUGAACGGCCAGGAAUUAGCUGGCAUAAACUAGGACAAGCCGAAGUGGGUAAUACACUUUGUCGUUGCAUUUAACAUGCCAAUCAAUUCAGUGUGUGCACUGAAGUACUCCUACAUAUAAUCAAAUUGUUUUCCAGUUUUGAAGCCAAUUUGCACAUUUUGAAAUAAUUUAAAAAGUAAACUGAAUACUCCUUACGGUAAUUAACUGAUCCCCAUGUAUGCAUUUCCUACCCGGUGGCAAUAUUCGAUUAAAAUUGGAGUAUACCCAUCCGUUUUUACGUAAUCCCCCUCUGACUGUGUCCCAUAAUGCCAUUUACAUAUACCCAAUGAAGCGUACAUAGAGAUGGCGGACCCUUCGAGCUUAGUGCCCUGCCCUGCCCAGUCCAGAGUUUUCCGGGUAAAACGUGCGUAAAGUCGUGAUCCGGAAGCAUCAAAGGCAAUUGAGACAUC